GACCUCAAAGAGCUCUUUUGGGGGGCUUCAACAUUUUUGGCCAAACGCUCUAUGAGAAAAGGUCUUUAGUCAUGACACUUUCUUACCAAGAAAAUCACCCAGAUGAUCAUAUAGAUCCAGAACCUCCCACGAAAAGAAGAAGGUUUUUUGCAGACCCAGACGAACUUUCUUCAGACCCUGUCUCUCAUGACCAGUCCCCACUACCGCAGCCGAAACGGUUCUUUAAAGAUGAAGGCGAUAUCGAGGAAGAAGAUGAAUACAAAGAUAAUUUAGACGAAAUACACGACGAUGAUCUCCCUGUAACAUCUCCGUCACGGCCACCGGCGCUCCAACAGGAGUCGUCUGUCUCCUUUGAUCAAGAGGCAUUCGAAGCUUUCGUCGGGGACAAGGUCUCUAUUGACGUUCUCUCGGCCAUAAGAGACCACUGCGGAAACGAUCUCGAACGAGCGAUUAAUAUAUACUUUGAUGGAACAUACAAGAAAUUUGUUAAGAAGCCAUCAUGGAAAGCACCCUUAAGGCCUGCCUCUACCGCCAGCUCCAGUCGGUCGCCCAGCGUCCCCAACGAACGCAAGCCAAAUAUCAAGACAAGCCAAAGAAUGCCAAAACAACGAUAUAUAGGAGCGUUUGGUGUUGAAGGAUGGGCUACACGAAGCGGAGUUAACGUGUUGAAGCACGGCGACAUCGUGAAAAUCGAGCGACAAAAAUUACAGCCACCCCAAUCUGUCAGAGGGAAGGGAAAGGCCGGACCAGUUACACCUUCGCGAGGAUUUGCCGCCGCGGCCGCGAGGCGAGUCGAUGUUAUCGUGCGCUUCACCACUCAAAAUGGAUCAGAAGUUGGACGGCUAGCGAAGGAGACAGCAAAUUGGGUUUCAGCUCUGAUCGACGAAAAGGUGUGCAAAUUCGAAGGAACUGUGGUCUACGCCCCUGAGAGACUCCGAACGAACGACACGGUUUUCUUACAAUUGCGAUGCUCACUACUCGACUCUGCCUUCUUCAGCCGCUCAUUCAAACUUGCUGACGACCGAUCGGCUGCUUUCUUCGAACAAAACGAGACGAACGAUGAGAAAACACUUCGACUACGACAAGUCGCACUGGUCAAAUUAUUUCAAGAGAUCAAUUUACAGCCCACUAUGUCGAAUUCUGCUGCCACAGAUGGCCGUAAGGGGCUACUCCGAGCUGCUGAGCAGGACGAACAGAAGCAAAAGGAGGCUAAGAAGUCAAAUGGGAAUACAAAUGGAAACGGUAAGGAAGCCGGCUCAUCCCAGGCGUCCGAGACCGAGGAAGGAGAAGAGCUGGAACAGGAUCAGCUUGAUGCGCUGUACAAGAAGGCACAGUCCUUCGAUUUUAGCACUCCUGAAGCGGAGCCAGCAGAUACCUUUGCUAUGACACUGCGAUCAUAUCAGAAACAAGCGCUACACUGGAUGAUGGCAAAAGAGAAGGACGAGAAAAGCAACCGGGAGCCAUCCAUGCACCCUCUUUGGGAGGAGUACGAUUGGCCAUUGAAAGAUGUCGAUGAUAAAAACGUACCUCAGGUUGAGGGACAGCCGAAGUUCUACGUCAAUCCGUAUUCUGGCGACUUGUCCCUUGACUUCCCAGUUCAAGAACAACAUUGUCUGGGUGGUAUUCUUGCCGAUGAAAUGGGUCUCGGCAAGACUAUCCAAAUGCUAAGCUUGGUGCACACGCACAGAUCCGAGAUCGCGCUUCAAGCUCGCCGAGCAGCUGUUGAGCUCUCGAGCGUGAAUCAGCUUACCAGACUGGGCAAGAACUCAGAAUCGGUGCUUGAUGCGCCAUGCACAACGUUGGUGGUUGCACCCAUGUCGCUACUGUCGCAAUGGCAAAGUGAAGCGGUGAAGGCUUCCAAGGAUGGAACAAUGAAGAUUGAGUUAUACUACGGCAACGAGAAGUCAAGCAAUCUGCAGGCACUCUGCUGUGCUUCCAACGCGUCCAACGCUCCAGGCCUGGUGAUUACCAGUUACGGAGUUGUUCUAUCCGAAUUCAGUAGCAUAGCUGCCAGAAACGGAGACAAGAGCUUUCACAACGGCCUCUUCUCCCUAAAGUUCUUCCGCAUUAUUAUCGACGAGGCACACCAUAUCAAGAACAGGUCAUCCAAGACUGCAAAGGCUUGCUACGAAAUAUCAGCCUACCAUAGAUGGGCUCUGACGGGAACUCCCAUCGUCAACAAAUUAGAAGAUUUGUUUAGUCUUGUCAGAUUCCUAGGCGUGGAACCUUGGAACAACUUUUCGUUCUGGCGAACAUUUAUUACUGUGCCUUUCGAAUCAGGCGACUUUAUGCGGGCCUUGGAUGUUGUACAAACAGUCCUAGAACCUCUCGUCCUACGACGUACAAAGGACAUGAAAACACCCGACGGCAAACCGCUUGUGCUCCUACCACCUAAGCAAGUCGAAAUUGUUGAUGUGGAGCUAUCGGAAACGGAACGAGAUGUGUAUAGUUACAUUUUCAACAAAGCGAAACGAACGUUUUCGCAGAACGUUGAAGCGGGUACUGUCAUGAAAGCCUUUACCACCAUCUUUGCACAGAUCCUGCGUCUUCGCCAAUCUUGCUGUCAUCCCAUCCUCGUCCGCAAUCGUGAUAUUGUGGCAGAUGAAGAAGAAGCUGGAGCUGCUGCUGAUGCCGCUGCUGGACUGGCAGAUGAUAUGGACCUUGAGUCGCUUAUCGCUUCUUUCACGGCAGAGACAGAUGAGGCUUCGAAGGAGACUAACCAGACCUUCGGUGCUCAUGCCUUGGAACAGAUACGUGAUGAGGCUGAGAAUGAAUGCCCUCUAUGUUUUGAAGAGCCGAUGAAUGAUCAGACCGUGACUGGGUGUUGGCACUCUGCGUGUAAAAAGUGCUUGCUUGAUUAUAUCAAGCAUCAGACUGGCAAGGGCGAAGUGCCUCGGUGUUUCAGUUGUCGUGAGCCGAUCAACAAACGUGACCUGUUUGAGGUCGUUCGACACGACGAUGACCCUGAUAUGAUGAUGUCGAAGAAUCCUAAGAUCAGCCUGCAACGAGUUGGUGUUAAUGCUUCUUCAGCAAAGGUGGUUGCACUGAUGUCUGAAUUGCGGAGUCUGAGACGAGAACAUCCCAAGAUGAAGUCUGUGGUGUUCUCCCAGUUCACGUCUUUUCUUAGCCUUAUCGAGCCUGCUCUCACUCGUGCGAACAUCAAGUUCCUGCGACUUGACGGGUCUAUGGCCCAGAAAGCUCGAGCGGCUGUACUUAACGAGUUCACCGAGAGAAAAGGGUUCACGAUCCUAUUGCUGAGUUUGCGUGCUGGAGGUGUCGGGUUAAAUCUGACGAGCGCUGGCCGAGUAUUCAUGAUGGAUCCCUGGUGGAGUUUUGCAGUCGAGGCUCAGGCCAUCGAUCGAGUACACAGAAUGGGACAAGAGUCGGAAGUACAAGUCAAGAGAUUUGUGGUCAAGGAAAGUGUGGAAGAGCGGAUGCUGAAGGUCCAGGAGCGGAAGAAGUUCAUAGCAUCCUCUUUGGGCAUGAUGAGUGAUGAAGAGAAAAAGCUCCAACCGUUCUUUGAGCAUAUUUACAACCUGGAUAACCCUUCGUUAAGGUCUGGAGAAGUAGUCGAGGGACAAAGCAACGGCGUUGCUGCAGCUCACGACUCGAUCUCUCAAAAGGACCCAGAGAUCAAGCAAGAGUUUGAGGACGAGCUAGAAGAGACACAAGUUGGUGAGAUUGAAACCGAUACAAAGUCUGUACCCAAGGACAACCUUAAAGACCCAGACGACGAUUACGACAGCGACGACGAGCAUCAUCUUUGCUCCAUACUUCUCUACUUUAUAUCAAAGACUCUUCUGAACCAUCUCAGAGACGAACCUGAAGACAUACCAAUGGACCGCUUUGCCGAACAGUUCUUUGGUCGUCAGGACCAGUCUUCACGCUCUCGACCUCCUGAGGAUCCCAGCUUCAUGGAAACAUUCGCAAAGAAUUUGGCCAAAUCCGCUGCUAAAUCUGCCGCCAGAAAAGCCAUGGGUCAAUCAUCUUCUGAGAAACGAACUCGCGAUGGCACACGAAGCGGAAACCAGAUCAACCCUGAAGACUUCCGUGGUGUAGCUGAGUUCGUUCUUGGUAUGCUUGGCGGCAAGAAUGAACAGCCCCGAAGAGACGACGAUCGCAAGAAGGAUAAGAAGAGGAAGAGAGAUAAAGAUAAGGAGAGGAGCAGAGAAGCACCGAGGAGUAGGGAUGUUGAAGAUGGCGGUGAUAAAUACGGAUCUGAUAAAGAACGUCGAAAGAGACGUCGUCACCGCGUAACCUUUGCAGAACCAUACUACGAGUCUCCUCGUCCAGAAGGGACUUACUACGCCCAGCCCUACGAGCCUCGUCGCGACGAUGACAAAGAAGAGCGCCGCCGUCGUCGUCGUCAACGUCGAUACAAGCGCGACCUAGAUCUCAAGACCCUUAAGACAGAGUUGGAAGCCAUGUCGAGCACUAUAAUCUCUUUGAACGCAAGAGGCGCCAAACAUCGGGACUACAUUUUCUCAUUCGCGAUGCCUUCCAUCAGUCUCACUCACAAUUCAACAAUCCUCAAUCACCUUGCACCGUAUAUCACGACAGAAACACACACUACAAAGCCAACAACUCAAAGUUACGAUCACGCUCACGACUUCAAACCUCUCCCAUCAAGAGCCCUUCACAAGCUUCAUCGUCGAGACACAGCUCCGGAAAUCAUAGGGAUAGUCGUCGGUUUAACUCUCCUUGCCGCUAUCAUCGGAGUCGGCUUAUUUGUAUGGAACUGGAACAUCUUCAGGCAGCUCAAGGACAUUUCAACGCAAGUGUCGAAGAUGACCCUGAAUAUGUCGAGCUUGAGUCUCGUGAACUUCAUCACCGCCAUGGAGUCCGUCACCACCCUAACUGCCGACAUCACAGGCUUCACCACGGACAUCGACAUCAUCGUUCAGGCCCUCGAAGACCGGAGCCGAUAUUUCAGAUGCCCAAUCCCUGUCAUCUACAUCCACUUCACCCACCGAAUGAGAUGGAUGCACCUCAGAUACAUGAUGGACUGAACAAUCCUUUCAUGUUUGGACAUCGCUGGCAUAGGCGGGAUAGGGAUGUUGUUUCUGUUUGUUAGACCACUGCGCAUGAAUAGCAAUAGACUGUAUGAUAUACUGGGAAGAG